UCAAGUAACAAAAUUAUGGAACCAUAUUAUGGUCGUUUAAUUGGUAACUUUGAAGAAUUUGCGCAUGGUGUAAGUGGUAUCGUGUAUGCAGUGGAUGAAACAACAAUAUUUAUCAAAGGUUUCAAGUAUGAUGGUAUGGGUCCAGAUGCAUAUUUUUGGGUUGGUAACUCACCACGCCCGUCACCUGAAGGCUAUAUCAUACCAUAUCCUGAAGAUUACGUUGGAAGAGAACCGCCAAUUUUACGUGCGCAUAACAGCACAGAUGUGAUUUUACGAUUACCAAUGGGCAAACGCAUACGUGAUAUUCGAUGGCUUUCUGUCUGGUGUCGGCGAUUUACAGUUGAUUUUGGUGAAGUAUUUAUUCCACCAAGUUUAGAAGCACCAAAACCACGCGUGUUACCAGAAUUUAAACGUUUAGCACAUGGUCUUCGCUCUGGUAACAUAAGUAUACUGGAUGCGAAAACAUUUUAUAUACCAAAUUUACAUUACGAUGGUGCCGGCCCCGAUGCAUAUUUUUGGGUUGGUAAUGGCUCUGAACCAAGUCAAUUUGGUAUCAAAGUUGCUAAUGAAAUGGGUAGUUUAGAGCCAUUACGUGGUUAUCAAGGUGAAGAUAUUGAAAUCCAACUUCCAGGAAAUUUGACUGUCUAUGAUAUUGACUGGUUGGCAAUGUGGUGUGUUAAAUACCGUCAUAAUUUUGGACAUAUUAUUAUACCUAAAGAUUUGGAUGUACCGCCAGCAUUAGGACAAACAAAAAUAACGCCUCCUUGGUGGUACAACCCUACCAGUGCAAAACCUCCGUCACCGAUGAUAACCAAUUGUAAAGAAAUGUUGAAUCGACGACUUCAAAUAAGAUGGGAAAUGCAAGGGGAUCUAGUUCGUAUUACAUUAUCAGCACGUAUCCGUGAAGAUCAAUAUAUGGCAUUUGGGUUAUCUGGUGCUCAAGGCCGUCCACAAAUGAUUGGUGGUGAUGUGACAGUGGCAUUUUACGAUGCAGAACUAAAUUCUUUUCAUGCUGUCGACUAUUACAUGUCACAUACUGCACAAUGUGAUGGCACUUCUGGCGUGUGUCCGGAUGAACGAAUCGGUGGUCGCAAUGACGUUGUUUUAAUAUCUGGCGAACGUAAAAAUAAUAUCACAACAAUUGUAUAUACUCGCCCACUACAAACAAAUGAACCGGUGAAAGAUCUGACUAUACCACGUAAAGGGGAAGUGAAUGUUAUUGCAGCAUUUGGACCACUAAAUUCCCGUAAAGAAGCUAACGCCCAUUCAAUCACUGACAAAACCACAGAUGAUAUUCGAAUUGAUUUUAGUACGACCAACGAUGGUAAUUGUGAGAACAGUCUUUAUGAAAAUAAAGAAGAUGAUAAAAUUAAACCAUGGCCAAUACAAAAAAUUAUUGGUGAAACUGUUUUCUCAGCCAGAAUAGGGCCCACUGGUGGCAAACGUGGAUAUACACCCAUAACUGGUCAUCCAUCUUGGGGUAUUGCUUGGUGGAUCAAUGAUUUGCUUAUUCCAGAAUUAUAUGUAGAACGUGGCCAAACAUACACUUUUAUUGUGGAGGGGGGUGAAGAUACCACUAAUCCGGCACAUUACCAUCCUCUUUAUAUAUGUGAUUCUUCAGAGGGAGGUUUUGGACAAAAAUCCGAGGCUGACCAAAAAAAGCAAAAAGUUUACGCUGGUGUAGAAUAUAAUGAAGAUGGUUAUCCAUAUCCAACAGCCGCGGGACGUUAUUGCGAAUGGGAACAUAAAACAGUAGAUCGAUCAGCUGAAACUGAAACGUUUACAGAAUAUGUGGAAACUUUACGAUUAAAUUGUGAUUCCGGUGAAGCAGCAAUCAUGAAUUGGACUGUGCCUAUGGACGCCCCAGAUUUAUUAUACUAUCAGUGUUACACCCACAACAAUCUUGGAUGGAAAAUACGUGUCGUCGAGCCUGGAUACAUAGCGCCACGAGACGGAUACAAUUCAGCAUCCAUAUUAGGACCGUCCCUGUUAACUGUUUUAGUAUCUACGUUUUUUAUUUUUUAAAUUAUUUUUAAAAUUAAGUGCAUUUAAUAAGGACAACAAUAAUUACAAACUUUUUGACAAUAAAAAAAAAUUAUAUUGAUUAUAAGACAUUUUAAGGAAACGAAAACGUUUUGGUAUUUUAAAAUCUUGAUGUGAUGGAAAAA